GAAGAUUGUUUAAAGCUUGUUUGACUUGUGUUCCAAAUUUGAAAUUGCGUUUGCGCAGUCCUUAAAGGUUAAAAAGAUUGCUGAGAACUACUUCAGCAUUGGAAUCAACGUUAAUUGUAGAAAACAUAUUGGAUACGUAAUUGCGUGACAGUUGUGCAGAUUUCAAGAUGAGUCACUUUAAAUGUAUACGUCAUUCAAUGCCUUACUUAAUUACCUGUAAUUCUGAGCCACUUACAAGGAACCUGAUAACGAGGAACAGUUGUAGACAUCUUCAUCACUCAUGUAAAGUAUUAGUAGUUGGAGGUGGUACCGGAGGCUGUACCAUGGCUGCAAAGUUUGCUAAUAAAUUCAAGGAUCCCAACAAAGUUGUUGUUAUAGAACCAAAUGAUAUCCAUUACUAUCAACCAAUGUUUACUUUAAUUGGUGGUGGCAUAAGACCCUUUGAGGCUUCUAAAAAGCCAAUGAAAGCGGUUUUACCACAGAAUGCAAAAUGGCUUCAAGAAAAUGUAAUGAGCUUCGAUCCAGAACAGAAUCAAGUGACUAUGAGUAACGGCGAUACAGUGCAAUAUGAAAUCAUGAUUGUUGCAAUGGGAUUGCAAUUACAUUGGGAAAAAAUACCGGGUUUAACAGACAGUCUUAAAGACUAUACAUCGCAAGUUUGUUCCAUUUAUGGUUCUGAUACUGUACCCAAUGUUUAUAUGAAACUUGGGAGGACUAAAGAAGGCAAAGCAAUAUUUACUUUCCCUAAUAGUCCAGUCAAAUGUCCUGGAGCACCACAGAAAAUUGCAUACAUUGCAGAGGAAUAUUUUCGUAAAAAAGGGCUGCGUGAUAAUGUAAAAGUAAUAUAUAAUACAUCUUUACCAGUUAUAUUUGGUGUAAAAAAAUAUGCUGAUGCACUCUGGAAAGUCUGUAAAAAAAGAGAUAUUACAGUAAAUGUCCGAACGAAUCUUGUGGAAAUAAGACCAUCUGCUCAAGAAGCUAUAUUUCAGAAAUUGGAUGAACCAAAUGAGACAUUCGUCGAAAAGUAUUCCUUUCUUCAUGUCUGUCCACCAAUGGGUCCACCGGAUGUUUUGAAAAAACAUCCUGUAUUAACGAACGCAGUGGGCUUCCUGUCUGUAGAUUCUAAAACUUUACGCCAUACGAAAUAUUCGAAUAUAUAUGGAAUCGGAGAUUGUACAGAUACUCCAAAUUCGAAAACAAUGGCAGCGAUAGCGGCCCAGGGCAAAGUGUUAUAUAAAAAUAUUUGUGAUGACCUGGCUGGUAAACCAAUGACCAUGGCUUAUAAUGGUUACUCAUCCUGCCCGUUGGUUACUGGCUACUCAAAAUGUAUUCUAGCUGAAUUUGAUUAUAAUUUGCAACCGCUAGAAACAUUUCCAGUCGAUCAGGGACGAGAAUAUUACUUUACAUUUAUACUAAAAACUUAUAUCUUUCCUCUUCUCUAUUGGAAUUUGAUGCUACGUGGCCGAUGGGAUGGACCAGAAUUUUUCCGCAAAUAUUCAAAUCUGAUAAAGAAAAAAGAGAAAAAAAGUUAAAUUUAUCUAUAACAAUUGCAUAUUUCUCAGUGUGUAACACUGGAUUUGUGAGCAAAUUAUUAUUGUAUAUAAUACUUCUGAAUGAUAUCAUAGAUAUGGUGUGGGAUAGACAUUGCAAGCUUGGAGGUCUCGGUAUCACAUGUUCUGAAUUAAUGACUGUGUAAAACAUCAGAAGCUUUGCACUACACUCUACGCUUAGAGAACGGUAAACCAAUAUACAAAUGUUAUACGUUACAAAAUUCCCAACGCGCGAAGAUUUGUACACAUUUACUAUAAUUACUUACGUCGUUUUUGCUACAUGUCAUAAUGUUUAGUCACAACAAAUGUAUAACAAUGCGAGUAGUAUUUAUUCUAUAGAACUUCAUGACAAUGCAGUUUAUAUUAAUUCACAAAUGUAGAUAUUUGCAUACAAACAUU